AUGGAGACGCAGUACCGGGCAAGCAUCACGUUCGCCAUCGACAACAACCAGGGCCCCGUGACGUACAGGCUCUACACAAACCCCGUCUUUGUCACCCCGCCGCCGUGCCGGGAUGGACCGCACCCCAUCCACCUGCGCGACCUGUCGCGUUUCCAGAAAAACAUCUGGUCCGCCGAGCAGCUCAAGGACCACACGGCUGACGACCUCGGGCCGGACGAUGUCCUGACCAUCAAUGCGACAGGUACGGGCGCGGAGGUCCUCGCGAGGGCCUGGUGCUCGGAGAACGGCAAAUGUGCCGUUGUUCGUCGAGCCAAUGGGCCCUGUUUCGUAUGUGCUCUGCGUGCUGCUGACAUUGGUGUCUUGACAUUGGUGUCUUGA